AUGAUGACGCGAUACAUCACAUCGGCCGAUGCGUUCAUGGUCGUCUACUCAGUUGGAAGUAGAAAGUCGUUUGAACACGCGGUUCACCUAUUCUCACAAAUAGCAAAAAUACGAGGAGUCAAUUCGGUAGAAAACAAGUUGCAGAUCGCUCGACUACUGGUAGCAGCUAAAUGUGAUUCUGACUACAGAGAAGUGUCUCCUGAUGAAGGUAACACAUUGUCAGCUCAGCUAAGUUGCUCAUUUGCAGAGGUUAGCGCCAAAAUGAAUAUCAAUAUACCCGAGGUAAGCCUAGUAUGGGUAAAAGUCGACGGUAUCUAA